AUGGCAGCGGACGGAGGAGACGAGCAGAUCCGUGGCGAAGCGUAUAUAUGGGGGCCAGAAUGGUCGCGCUCGCCUGUCGUGAUGCUCGGGCACCUCGGCUCUCAUUACGUAUGGUCGAUCCUCAACUCACGCGCCGCGCCGUUUCUCAUGCGCCUCGGCUUUUCUAAGAGUACCACAGCGAUCGUGCUGAUGGGUGGGCCGCUGAGUGGACUACUAGUCCAGCCUGUCAUUGGCAUAUUGUCGGACGAGUGCCCACGGAAAUGGGGGCGCCGGCGGCCGUAUAUGCUCGGUGGAGCGAUCCUCUGUCUGGCAGCCCUUGUAUGCCUGGCCAUUGCAAGCAAUGCCGCACGUACGACCGGAAACGGUGUCUCGUGGCUCGCCAUGCUCCUGGGCGUCCUCGGAAUCAUCGGGAUCGACGUGUCAGUCAAUACCCUGUCGGCUGCGCACCGCGCGCUGGCCUUGGACAUUCUUCGUGUGGACGAACAGGAUCUGGGGAAUGCGUGGGCGGCACGCUUUGGAAACCUGGGAUCGGUGCUUGGCUACCUGGUCGGCGAGCUGGACUUGUCGUCGAGCCUAGACUUGGACCAUCUGAGCAUCCUGGCCCUCUCUGCGGCCGUCCUGCUCGUCCUGACGCACCUGACCGUGUUCCUUCUUAUCGAUGAGCAAGUGCUUGUACGUGCUCAUGAUCAUACCCCCAAGAGUUUAGGGCGUGCGAUACGCGACAUGGUGCGGCACCUGUACCGUACGGGCCAAUCUCUGCCGCCGCCCAUUUGGGACCUGUUCAAGAUCCAGUUCUUUUCGUGGCUGGCAUGGUUCCCUAUCCUCUACUUUAGCUCGUCCUGGGUGGCCGAUAUCUACUUUGCGGCGCACGGCACACCGCCCACGUCGUCCGGCCCGAUGAGCGAGGCGGCGCGACGAAAGGGAAGCUUUGCCCUGUUGUGCUACUCGCUGACGUCGUUUGCCGCAUCCAUCGCGUUACCGUGGUGCCUGCACGGCGUGAUGCCCGGCCGCUCGCGGCACGACUAUGCGCCCGCAGCCACGACGGUGUGGUCCGCCGACGACCCCCCCGACGAAGAGCUCCAUGCACCCAAGCCCCACGAGGUCCGCGUCGCGCGUGCGCCGCAAUGGACGCGGCACUUUCGGAAGCCGACGUUGGCCGAGGCAUGGUUCUGUUCGCAGGUCAUGUUUGUCGUCGGCCUCCUCUUCUUUACGUGCCCCAUCUAUGCGCACCAUUCCGUGCCUGGCGCCGUGGCGCUCAUUGGCACGCUGGGGCUGUGUUGGUCUAUGACGCUCUGGGCGCCCUAUGCGCUUCUUGGCAUAUUGCUGAAUACGACAUCAACCACCGCCCCUGAAUCCGUGGCGCUGAACCCCCUCGCUCCUGCAGAGGCGCCAGAGGCCGAGGCGGCGUCUGCGCCAGAGCCGGAGCCUGCGGGCCUCCUCCGCGCGCAUGCUGGCGCGGUGAUGGGCCUGCAUAACUGGAUUUUCAUGAUGCCCUCCCUGGUCUGGGACGAGUCGACGGUGGCCGCCUUUGACAGCACGGGCCUCCUGUUCCGUGUUGGGAGUCUGUGCACGCUGGUGGCCGCCAUGCGCACGUUUCACUGGCUGGGGGCCUACGACCGGCGGCAAACCCGCGAAGAUUCCGUGUACCUCGCCAAGCUUGCUGAGCAGGCUGAGCGCUACGAGGAGAUGGUUGAGAAUAUGAAGCGUGUUGCUUCGUCCAACCAGGAGCUCACUGUUGAGGAGCGCAACCUUCUCUCGGUCGCUUACAAGAACGUGAUCGGUGCGCGACGUGCGUCGUGGCGCAUCGUCUCCUCCAUCGAGCAGAAGGAGGAGUCGAAGGGCAACGAGUCCCAGGUGAACAUGAUCAAGGUUUACCGCGAGAAGAUCGAGUCGGAGCUGGCCCAGAUCUGCGAGGACAUCCUCAAGGUGCUCGACACCCACCUCAUCCCCUCGGCUGCCUCGGGUGAGAGCAAGGUGUUCUACCACAAGAUGAAGGGUGACUACCACCGCUACCUCGCCGAGUUCGCCACGGGCGACAAGCGCAAGGACUCGGCUGACAAGUCGCUCGAGUCGUACAAGGCCGCCUCGGACGUUGCCGUGACGGAGCUUCCCCCGACCCACCCCAUCCGCCUGGGUCUUGCGCUCAACUUUUCCGUGUUCUACUACGAGAUCCUUAACUCGCCCGACCGCGCGUGCCACCUGGCGAAGCAGGCCUUUGACGAUGCGAUCGCUGAGCUGGAUACCCUGUCGGAGGAGAGCUACAAGGACUCGACCCUUAUCAUGCAGCUCCUGCGUGACAACCUCACUCUGUGGACGAGUGACAUGCAGGACACCGAGAAGCCGGCCGAGGGUGCCGCUGCUGCUCCUCAGGCCGAGGGUGCCGCGCCUGCGGCGCCGGCCGCCGAGGCGAAGGGCGAGGAGGCCGCUUAA